AGUGAUGAGGAUGCCUCCUUCUCUAAUGUUCAACCCAUCAUUCCUGCUGAUCUGAUGUCUGUCAAAGAGAUCCUGAACAUGAACAAUUUACCCCGCCACAGGACUUGGGAAGUUCUGCAAGAAACGAUGGCUGCAGAUGAAGAGUACCACAGAGAGAAGUGGACUCGCUUUGGUAAUGAGGCGGAGAGGACCGAGAUAGAUGUGAUAAGGAACCAGCAUCUGUUGCGCAAUCGUGUUGACAAAAUGGCGCUCCGCAGACAGGCAGAAAAUAAGAAGUCUGCCCAUAUGAACUACUUGGAGAGACUGAGUCAGAAAGCUCCAGAUUUCACCAUCCCUCUGAGAGCUCACACAGUCUGGGAGGGAAUGACUGUGAUACUGUCCUGCAGUGUACAGGGUUGUCCACCCCCAAAGAUUCAGUGGUACAAAGACGGUGAACCACUAAUAAUAUCUUCCCAACCAUGGAAUUACAGCCUCCAACAAAAUGUUGGCCUCAGUUUACUGGAGAUCAGAAGGUGCUUUCCAGCAGAUGCUGGAGAGUAUAAAGUGGUUGCCAAGAGCGCUCUGGGCGAAGCAACAACAUUUGGAACCUUAGUAGUAAACUCAUAUCAUGGAGCCAUGGCUGGUUCAGAGUGCUCGCAGACCACCGGCUUGCAGCAACAAAAAGAAGCCUGGUUUGACAUUUCCUUUCCACCUACCUGGGUAAAGGAGGGGAGUGGCCUCUCCCUGCAGUGUACCUUCACAUCAGACCUGCUUCCUUUCCAGCAGGACGUCCUCUGGUUCAGAGAUGGCAUACAGCUGCAGCAGUCCAGCAAUGUGGACAUUAAGACGUUUGACAAUAAAUCCAUCAUCACUAUGAUGGCUGUGUACAAGGAGCAUGAAGGUGUUUAUAGUGCCAGACUGAGGACCAGGGAUGGAACUGAGGAACACUUGGCUUUUGUCUACCUUAAAGAUGGGUCGGCUGCAGUACCAGGAGGUCCUGCAUCUCCUUUGGCAGUGGAGGUGUCCGAUGUCAACAAGGACUACGUCUUUCUGACCUGGCAGCCGCCCAGUGCUGAUGGAGGAUCACCUGUGGAGGGCUAUUAUGUGGAGAGGUGUGACCUCAGUCAGGGAGAGUGGGUGCGCUGCAAUGUGGACAUUCAGAAAAUAUGCCACUUUCCCGUGUUUGGCCUGAAGGAGGGGGCUCUAUACCAGUUCAGAGUUUGUGCUGUGAACAAAGCCGGGGUGGGACGUCCCUCCAAAGCCACAGAGCCUGUCCUCACUGCAGACCCUCUUGAACACACCAGGACAAUGGUGGUCCAAGUGGACAGAGGAAGGACCAUUACCAUUACAAAAGACGAACUGGAAGGUCAGGUCAAAGCUCCUUUUCCUCCCACAGACGUCCGCGCCUGCGAGCUGAGCGACACCUACGUGGUGCUGAGCUGGACCGAGCCUGAACCCCGAGGCAGGGAGCCGCUGACCUUCUACGUGGAGCGGUCCUUGGCAGGGAAAAACAGCUGGGAACUGGCCAGUCUGGACACGGUGGUGAACUCUCCCAGGUACCCAGUGUUUGAUCUGGUCAAAGACAAACAGUAUUGCUUCAGAGUUCGCUCCAUCAACAAGUAUGGUGUUAGCGACCCCUCCGACCCGAGCCCACCAAUUUCCCUUGGAAAGCCACAAGGUAGGAGAAGAUGA